AUGGAAAAUUUGAAAGGAAAUAAUGGUCAUAUUAAGGAGAAUGGGAUUAAGAAAAAGAAGUCACCGAUGAGUCGUUUAGAUAAUUUAAUAGGUACAUUACGUGGAAGAAAACAUUCAUUGUGUAAAUCUAAUUGUGAAUCAAUUUGCAGGAGUGCAUCGUCAACUUCAAUAACCUCCAUUGCAAAGAAUUCUUUGAUAAAAGAAAUUUCUGUUACUAAGCGUCCUAGUGACUUUGAAGUUAUUGAAGAAGGAAAUAAUAUUACUUUAGAAGAUAAUACAAUUUCAAAUAUUAAUAGUAAAAGUGUAUCAAGUCCACGUGGUAUUCCAGGGGGAAGUAUUGAAGAUAAUAAUUAUCAAGUAAAUAAUAUUAAUUUAUCUUCAAAUUCUAAAGAUAGUGUUUUUUUAAAAAAUAUGGAAAAAGGUGGUAAUAAUAUGAAGAUGGUUGGAAAUGGUAAUUGUUGUAAAGAUAUAAAUAAUGGAAAAGAAAAUGUUGUAAGAAAGGAGAUUAAUGAAUUGGAAGAUAUUCCAGUUUUAAAACCAGAUGGAUUUAUUGGAAUUGAAACAUUACCAUAUCAAUUGACAAAACGUGCAAAUAAUCUUCGAUUUCAAUUUAAUAUUUUAUGUGUUGGUGAAACUGGGAUUGGUAAAACAACUCUUGUAGAAUCAUUAUUUAAUAGAAAAUUUGAACUUGAACCAUGUAGUCGUGAUUUAAAAAGAGUUGAUUUAUGUGUUAAUCAAUGUGAAAUAACAGAAGGAACUGUUACAUGUAAAUUAAGAAUAGUUGAAACUGCUGGAUAUGGUGAUCAUAUGAUAGAUAAAGAUAAUGGAGCUAAACUUAUUGUUAAUUAUAUAGAUGAACAAUUUGAAAAAUAUUUAACAGAAGAAUUAAAAGUUAAAAGAUGUAUGAUGUAUUAUGAUGAUACUAGAAUUCAUGCAUGUCUUUUUUUUGUUUCUCCUACUGGUCAUGGUCUUCGUUCAUUAGAUAUUGAAACAAUGAAAGCAUUAUCAAAAAGAGUAAAUAUUAUACCUAUAAUUGCAAAAGCAGAUACAACAUGUAGAGAUGAAUUAAUUCGUCUUAAAGCUAGAAUUAUUGAAGAACUUAAAGGAAAUAAUAUAGAAAUAUAUCAAUUUCCAAUAGAUGAUGAUACAGUAAGACAAGCUAAUGAAUCAUUUAAUAAAAUUGUACCAUUUGCAGUAAUUGGUAGUACAGAUUUUGUAACACGUGAAAAUGGUAAACAAGUACGUGCUAGAAAAUAUCCAUGGGGUAUUGUUGAAGUUGAAAAUGAGGAACAUUGUGAUUUUGUAAAAAUGCGUGAAGCAUUACUUCGUCUUAAUAUUGAUGCUUUAAGAGAAAAAACUCAUGAAGUUAUGUAUGAAAAUUAUAGAAAAGAAAGACUUAGAAAUAUGAAUAUUAAAGAUGGUGAUAUGGGUCCAAAAAUGAGAGAAGCAUUAGCAGAACAUCAAAAUAUUAAACAAGAAGAAAUGAAAAAACGUCAGGAACGUUAUCAAAAAGAAUUUGCUGAAAAAGUUAGUAAAAAAGAAAUGGAAUUAAAAAAUCGUGAAGAUUUUUUGAAUAUGAGACAACGUGAAUUUGAAGAAAAUAUUUAUGGAGAAAUAAAGCGUGUUGAUGAACAAAUAGCUUUAUUAGAGGAAGAAAAACGUAAAAUUAAAGGAGGAGGAUAUGUUGAAAGAACAGGAAGUAAGAAAUCUAAUAAGAGGGCUUGA